CACCCGCACCAGUGAAAGGCGUGUCCGCACCAGCCAACUGGAGCACACGUAUUAUUUUAAAAUAUAAAGUAUGGGAACGCCUCCGGCGACAGGCGCAAAAAUAUAAUCCCGGGUGUGAGGGAAGCUGCGGCUGGAGCGAGUGCGGUGAUCGUCCCGGCGGAUUAAGGAGCUGCUGCUGCCGCCGCCGACCGUUGUGUCCUCCGUGGCCUGGCGCCGGUCGACAGGUGGAGGAGGAGGCAAGAGAGGAGCCGCCGCCACCGACACCGACACCGCCACCGCAUUGUCCCACAGGCCGCCGGCACCGAGCAAAGGACGCGGCCUCCCUCCCUCCCUCCCUCCCACCACCACUAGGGCCGCAGACUGAAGCGGGAUCUCGCCUGGGUUCCCCACCGCCUCCCCGGCGCAGAUGACUCGUAGAUUCAGGUCAAGUUUCUCUUCCUUUUGUGAGAGGACUCCUGGCUUUCACUUCGAUCGAUGAGCGUUGAGAAAGGGGGGCUAGGGAUUACGCUGGAUUUAUCACUAGAGCAUCCGGUCUGUGGCUGCCCGACUUCCCUCGGAAGAUUAAACAUGCGAUCCAUCGCCGGCUUGGAGUCCAAUCGCCGGUGAGGACAUUGUACAAGGAAAAUUCUCGGAGAAAGUUUCCCGUUGAUAUCUUCAACCCAGUAGUUUCUCCCCUGCGAUCACUGGAAUAGUUCAUUUGUUCAUUAUUUAUUUGAUUGAUUGACUGGGACUGACUGGCCUUGCCAUGAAUAACCUGUCUCUGAGUGAGCUGUGCUGCCUCUUCUGUUGUCCGCCCUGCCCGGGUCGCAUCGCCUCCAAACUCGCUUUCCUGCCGCCGGAGCCCACUUACGCUCUGCUGCCCGACGAGUCCGGGGGCCACUGGAGCCUGCACCUGUCCGAGCGAGCCGACUGGCAGUACUCGCAGCGGGAGAAGGACUCCAUCGAGGCCUUUAUGACCAGGACGAGCCGGGGCAACCGCAUUGGUUGUAUGUUUAUCCGUUGUUCCCCCAGCGCCAAAUUCACGCUGCUCUUCUCGCAUGGUAAUGCCGUGGAUCUGGGCCAGAUGAGCAGCUUCUACAUCGGUCUGGGCUCCAGAAUCAACUGCAACGUCUUCUCCUACGACUACUCGGGUUACGGGGCCAGCUCUGGGAAGCCUUCUGAGAAAAACCUCUAUGCAGACGUAGACGCGGCUUGGCAGGCCCUCAGGACCAGGUAUGGAAUUCGUCCAGAGAAUGUGAUCUUGUAUGGUCAGAGUAUAGGCACGGUACCCACAGUUGACCUAGCUGCUCAGUAUGAAUGUGCUGCAGUUAUCCUCCAUUCACCCUUGAUGUCUGGAAUGCGUGUAGCCUUCCCUGAUACAAAGAAGACCUACUGCUUUGAUGCAUUCCCGAACAUCGACAAGAUUUCUAAAAUAGCCUCCCCGGUACUGAUCAUCCACGGAACUGAAGAUGAAGUAAUCGAUUUCUCCCAUGGGUUGGCAUUGUACGAGCAAUGCCAAAGGCCAGUGGAACCGCUGUGGGUCGAAGGAGCCGGUCACAAUGACGUUGAGCUCUACGGACAGUACCUUGAAAGACUGAAGCAGUUUGUUUCUCAAGAACUGACAAGUUCCUAGAUGAAAGUUUAAUAUGCAAGGGCAUUAUAUUUUGUUUGUUUUUAGUUAGAAAAUGCUUUCCAUAUUUUCAUUUAUCACCAUUACAUGUGCAAUCUGAUGUAACUGCUGAGAAAACCUUGAAGGGUUUUGUUUGCAAAAUCAUGUGAUGCCCAUGAGGUUCUAAAGAUUUGCAAACAUAACAUUGAUAAUUAAUGCCAAUAUUUAAAAUAAAACUGGAGUACAGAGUCAGUUUGACAAAUUGUUUUAGGGAUACCCAAAGUGAGAAAGUUACCAUAUUUUCCCCUCGUUCUACUGUUUGGAUAUAUUGCUGAUGUAUUGGAUGAAAUGUUUCUUUUGUUGUCAUGCACACAUUUAAUCUUUGCUUUGUAUGUUUUGCCAAAUGGGUUAGCAUAUCAAUAAGAAAGUGAAAUUGCUUCAUUGGGCCUUGGAUGCAUCUUUGUGAAUCCACUAGAUGUUCCUCAUAACCAGAAAUACUGUGUGUGCUGGGUAUCUGAACAGAAACAAAAAGUUUGGAAACAAUAUGCAGGUCAGGCAGCAUCUGUGGAGAGAAUGAAAUUAGUGACCUGUCAGAGCUGUUUUUUAACCCUGCAAUGUAAAAUACUUAAUCAAUUCAAGAUGUGAAUUGACCUUUGUUACAAAUUUGUUCAAUGCUUUAAUCGUGUUCUCGGUGGCAAGUUUUUGUGGGAAGUAGUCUGAUAGGGUGUGGGGUGCCUGGGUUCUGCCUCCUGCUAGCAAGAUUGGAAAAAAAACAAGCACAAAGUUUGUGCCAUUGCAUGGCAUUGAGCAAGUCUGGAUCAAUCAAAUGUUACCCUCAGCUUUUUUUGAAAAACUGACGUUAAAAUAUUGUUUAAAAUUUUUUAUCAUUUCUUUUAUAAAUUUGAGUGCACAGAUUUAUAUUUUUUAUUUGGUUGUGCAUUUUCACAGACCAUGGUUACUCAAGUCCUGAGGGUUUUGGUUUUGCUGAUAGUUAUGACAAACUCCAGUUUCAGAUUACACAUCAUGUACUUUUUCUAAAUGCAAGGGAGAUGGGAAGUCUUCCCUUGUUAAACCUGUGUGUUGAAGGAAUUUUUCAUUUUGUGUUAGCACAUAAAAGACGUCAACUGAGCAUUUAUUUUUUAUGGGGGUAGGGAAUUUUAGGCUGCGGGAGUGAGGAGUGGGAUCAGCCACUAGCCUAAUUAUGUAGGGAAUAGUUUUAAAGGAAAAUAACCACCACACUACAAUACUGUUUUUAGGUGUAGUUCCCAUCAGAAAAAAUAACUUAUGCAACACUAACCACUGUAGGUAAUGCAGAGUGAAUGCAUUUACAAGAGCAAUGCAAAAGUUGGUUUCUUUAAGGGACGAAAAGCAUUUUUAAAAUUAAUGGUACUCAAGUAGCCUUACAGAUUUUUUUUUUAAUGUGAAUGUGUAAAUGCUUGAAAUUCUCUGAAUUUAUAUGCUUGUGUAUGAUCCCGUGUUUCUGUAUAUUAUGACAAAAAUGCUACUUAGUGGUCAACUGUGUAUAUUGCCUGUGAAUUAAAUGUACAAGUCCAAUUUAUACAUUCACUGUCAAAUAAGGAGUGGCAAGCAGGCAUUGCCAGCAUAAAUGCAAUACCUUUGUUCUAGUUGCUUUAUAUUCAUAGAUCAGUACUUCAGGUGCCAACCUUUGCUGGGAACUCAUUUUUAAAGAACAAAAUUUGAAAAUUGGCCAGAAUGGUAUCUUUCAGAUAAGACUUGUAAACUGUAAUUGACAUCCAUCUGUAUUCCUUUACCUUGCCUUGUUGCUUACUCAUUUCCUGAAAAUAAAUGCAGUAUUUGUUCUUUAAACUGCUCCCUCCACACACUAGUCCCACCCCAUUCCUGCAAUGUGUAGGGAGGCAUGGGAUUACCUUCUUUGGUUUCCCAGUGUAUUUUCUGAUCGUCUGUGUUAGUCCUCCACUAACUACUGGAUAACGUACCUGCGAUAAAACAGUAUUUGGUCCUUUCUAACAAGUUUGGAAGAGAAGCAUUUGAUCUCCUCUUUUGCAAAUCGCAUUUUGCAGGAUCUAGCAUUUCCUGACCUGUCCAAAUAACAGCAGAAUACCCCAAUGAAUAUACUGUGGGGGGAGGAUUAGCAUUACUGAUUGGCCUGUUAUCCCUCAAAUUUAAAAACAAAAAGGAAAAGUUCUCCAUUGUGCUCAGCCUGCAGAGGUUGGGAGUACCCAUGAUCCACUCAACACACUGGGGGGCUAUCUUUUGAGGCUUAUAAAUUUAAUUAGAUGGAUUGCAAUUACCAUCCUCCAGUUUUUGCUUUCCAAGAUUCAAUUAAGAAGCAACAGAAGUUAAAGAGAAACAAUGGCUCAGGUGGGCAAAUAACGACCAGCUGGGAUGUAGCAAGUGCACAUGACCAGCCUGAACAGAGGGGUGCCAUAUAAUUAAAACACUGCAAAAUCUUGUGAAAUCUGUAUUUCAUGUAAACACUGUUUAAAUGUGAGUUAAUGAAGUGGCCUGAGGCAAGAUGAAACUUUCUAGUACUUUUUAUCAUCCUGACUACUGAGCAAAUUGAAACUGCCUGUACCUGUUCUGUGUUUUGCUUAUUUUCCGUUCUACCUGAUGCAGGCAGGUUGGUAUUUUUAUUAUUAUAGUUGAAUUAAACUUUGAUUUAAAACAUGCAA